UUGAUUCGUGUAAGAUACUUUUUUGUAAUAGACUAUUAUGUUUUAUUAUUUAAAGUUAGAAGGCAUUUUUGAAUAAUUUGACUAUACAUAAUAGGAUUUUUUUUACAAAAAUAUGUUUAAACAGUAAAAGUAAUUUUUAUUGAAAGUCCCUGUGUCAUUCUGAGUAAAAAGUUACAGUAUCUUGAAAUCCUAAUUUUAACUAAAAAACGUUACAUUACGUGGACAAAUGUUAUUUUGAUUUUAUAGCAAAUAUUUAAAUAUCUUAUCUAAGCUAUGAAUCAAGAAAUAGAUCAUCACAAUACAAUGAAUAUACCCCCUCCAGUUUAUUCAAAUGUUGUUACUGUGGUGCAGUCUAAUUUGCCGGAAAAUAGUAAUGUUGAAUCAAGUCGACAGAAUACUGUAAAUACAAUACCAAUGCCACAUUACGAUAUCCUACCACCUAGACUAGACUUAUCAGCUCCACCUCCUUAUGAAGAUUGUAAUCCAGAUCUUGUAAAAUUACCUACUUAUGAAGAAGUACAAAUGGAAAAACAAUUGGAAGGAGAAAUGUCUCCUAGAUUACCAGGAAGAAUAAUUGGACCACCACCUCAUGUAGGAUUAAAUUCUCAAGAGAUUUCACCUCAAACUUUGACAGUUUUAACUAUUGAUGCUGCUCAAAAUACUUGUGAAAUAGAUACAAACUUGCUCGGAACAGACUACAUGUUUUUGACAGCUUUUUUGGUGGCACUAAUUUUCAAUUGGGUUGGCUUCUUAGCUCUAAUGUGUUUGUGCCAAACCGUUGCAGCUCGCUAUGGAGCUUUAGCUGGAUUUGGUCUAUCGCUGGCUAAAUGGACAAUGAUUGUAAAACGCAACACAGAAAUGAGUGAUUUAUCACCAGAAAAUCGUACUAACACAUGGCUUUGGUGGUUAGUCAUGGCAUUUGGGUUUUUAAUCUGUAUACGAGCUGUUAUACAGUAUAUGAAUAUUAAACGUGGUUGGAGGUUACUUAGUGUACCUGCCCAAGAACGCGUUCUAUACUUUUAUUAAAAAACGAUCUGAUUUUAAUUUGAUUCUUAGUUUUUACAUAAAUAAAUAACAUAUAAUUUUUAAAACAUAAUGGACAAAUUGACCUUCUUAGUUAAUUUUAUUUAAAUAGUGCAGAAAAAAUUUUUUUAAUAAUAUUAUAUUUAGAUAGCAAUUAUUGAUUAAUCUAAAUUAUACAUUAAAUAAUUCUCAUAGUUUAAAACAUUAUAAGAAAUUAUUUUUAUUCUAAACUUGGAUUUUUUAUUAAAGUAAUUUAUGUAAGCUUCUUAAAAACAUUUAAAAUUAUUUGACAUUGGUUUUUUUGUUAUAUUUAUUUAUUAAUAUGAUUAAAUUUACUUAAAAAUUUAAAUGUUUUAUUAUAAAAACUUAAAAGAGUGAUAAGUAUAUUAUUUUUUUAGUGACAAAGUUUUUCUUUUUUUACUGAGUUUUCUAUUAUUAGAAUAUUAUUUAAUUUUACUAUUUAUAAUAACCGAGUUAUUGUAAAAUUAUAAAAUAGUGAGUUCAAUCCACCAACUGUGAUUAUUAGCAUUUUUGUUUGUAAUUUCUAUCAACAAUUAUUUUUUCAUGUUAUUUUUAAUCUCUAUAUUUUUUACUUGGUUUAUGUAUUUGUUCUACUGAUCAUUUUCAUAUAUAGUUAUUUAUAACGUACAUUUCCAGUUUUAAAAAAAUAACAUUUGCAUAUCAUAAUUAUCCAGAAUGAUAUAUUAAAAUCAAUUUAUGAACUUAAAUUUAAUAAACUUUUAAAUAUAAAUGAUUUCAAAAUAAUUUUAUAUUGACUUAAAGAAUAAUUUCAAAUAAAUAAAGAAAAAUAAGUAACACAAUAUAACUUAAAUAUAACUUUUUUUUAUUAGUACUAGCUUGUAACUAAAACAUACAUAUUUUAUAAGUAAAAAAAUGUAAACAACAAAGUAUAAUUUUACUAGUCUUUAUUUUUUAUACAUACACUUUAUAAUAACAGUUUAGACUGUUUUAUUGUACUCGUAUAUGUAUAAAUGUUAAAAAUUAUAAAAUAAACAUUGUAUAAAAUGUGUAAAGUGUGGAAUAAUUAAUACUCCAUACUGUUAAAAGUAAUCUGUAUUUGUCUUUAUAUAUAUUAUCGACAUAAAACAUUUGAAUAGUAGUUCCAGUAAAAUAUCUUAAUACAUAUUAAGAAUUUUAAGUUAAUUUUUCAAAAUAUUAAAUAUAAAUUAAUUUUUUUAUUUGUUUUGUUUAAUAAAUGUUUAUUGUAUAAAUUUUAAAGUUUAUUUAAAAUAUGUUUUCAUGUAUGAAAUUAUGUACAAUUUUUGUAUAUUAACAAAGAACUUUUUUUUAAUUACAAGUAGGAGUAGAUACUUAUGAGUACAAAAUCUAAUCAUUAAACUAAAUAAAAUACAUAUUUUAUUUUUUCCUCUAUACAGAAUGUCUCACCAAGUUUUAACAUUUUUAACUUUUAAUCCAGUGAAUAUUUUGCGUUACUUUUUUUAAAAAUAAUUUUUAUACUUUUAGACUAUGUUAAAGAGUUUUCUUUAUUCGUCUUAUACACAAAAAAAAAAAAAUCUCAGUAAAAUUAAUAGCUUUUCAGUGCAUAUCCAGCGUAAAAGAAAUGAUGAUAGAUAUAAAUUCUUUCAUAACAAAUAUAACAACAAAGGAAAAUACAUUUAUUAUGUAGUGUUCAGUAAGUAAGGAAACGGGUUUCUAUUGUUUUCAUUGUUUGUAACAAUUCACCUGUUUCCUUACUUACUGAACAUCUGUAUACGUGGAUACCUUUAUCCACGAAUAGUACCUUAUACAGGCUAUGUAGUGCUUAGGCACUGCCAAUUUGGUAAAUUUGUAUUUAAAAGUAAUUAACCACAGUUAUUUUAGAUAAAAUAGAAAAUAAUGUCAGUCAGAAUACAAAUUAUACUAUUAACUGUAAUUAAAUUUACAACAAAUAAAACGGAAAAUAAAUAGUAGGCCAAUGACGACGAAACAGAAAGGACAAGUGUCGCGUAGAACGUCAAAAACCGAAGACAGCGUUCGUCGCCGGCGUUAGGAGGUCGGUAGCAAUUCAGAAGAUAAACUUAGCACCUUAGAAAACUGAGAUACUCAGGAUGGAUUCGUGAUGUAAAAAGCGACUGGAAAAAUGUGCCUAUUAAAUCUAUAUUUAUACUACUGGUGCCCCUAUCCUUCACGACUAAAUUAAUUAUGUCUUUAAAAAUUCUUAUAUACGUGUUUAAGCAAUUUAAAGUGAGUACUAAAAAUUAUCUAAUGUAAUAACUCCAAUUGAAAAUGUUAGCUAACCAACUGUUUUAAAUAUUUUAACCGUUAAAACAAUUUAAAUUUAAAUUGUGUAUAUUAUUUUUAUUAUAUUAAUGAAUAUAAUAAAUGAAAAAUUAUAAUCUUUCGUUUAUUAUCAGUAAAUAAUUUUUAAGUAGUCAAUAUAUUUUAUCAUAUUGCGUCAUAUUAAACUAAUUUAAAUAAUAAUAUACUCUUAUAAAAUAAUUUUUUAGUGAUGUAAUUUUUAGAUUAAUUAAACUUCAAAACUUUUAUUAUUCCGAUAUGUGCCAUUUCAAAUUAUUCCUAAGAUAGACAUGAAAUAUUUAUAUCAAACAGAACGGGAGAACUCUACCCCUCAAUGGUGGUAAAAUAAAAAGGGGAAUAGACCCCCAUUGACAUACUCAUUCUAUACAAUUUACAUAAUAUAAGUUUUUUUAUUUUGGAAUCUUUAUAUAUGAUAUAUUAUUGAGUGUAGUUAAUAUGAAAAUAUUAUAACCUACAAAUUUGGAAGAUCGAAUUUUAUGUUUGAUUAUUAUUUAAAAGUGUGUAAAAUCAAUGGCGUACUAUUCAAAAAAAAAAUUAAAUAUUUGAAAUAGGCUUAAUAAAAAGAAAUCUAUUUAUGCAUAUCUAAUAGCUCAUAAUAAAUUCUUGAUAUAGUAAUACAAAUAAAAAACCUUUGGGGUAUAAGGCAUAGCUCUUAUGAUUAUUUUUAUCACAAAGGUUAUUUUCAUUUUCCUCACCCAUCAUAAAAUCAAAUAAUCGUCACUGCCACCCCCAUAUUCUGUGAACCCGCUUUGAAUCGCUCAAUACGUAUAUUAAAACAUAAUAUUUUUAUCACAACAACUCUUUUUUUAACUCUACUCCUGUCUUAUUUGUGUACAUACAAAUUAUUUAUUUAAAAAAUAAUUGAACAAGAUAACUACGAAAAUAUGAUAAUUGUUUUAAAAUUUCUUAAAUAAUAAUUGCGAUAAGGUCAAAUACGCUAAAAAUUUUAGUAAGCAAACGUCUUUACGUUAAUUUAAUUAAUUAACUAAAUUGUUGAAACCACAGUCACUUUUAAGCUAUAUCGCAAUAACUGUAAGUCUACAUCAUGUAGUUUUGAUUUUAUUACUAUGAAACUAUUUUUUUUUUUUAUUAAAUAGGUAGCAAUUACGUAAAUUUUUUUGAAUAUAAAUUAGAGAACAUCAAUAUGUUUUUGUAUACUUUGAAAUCGCAUCUCCGGUGUAACGUCUUCUUAAUUUUUUUUUUUUUAUUUCCUUUAAAGAAAUUAUCUAAUUUAAAAAUGAGUAUUAUAUAUAUUUAUGUAUACAUAUAGUGACGUAACUAAUUUAUCAGUCCAUACAGAAUGUUCUAGAUUUAUGUACAACAAUUUUAAGAAAAUUUUGUUAUUUGAUCUAGUUAUAGUUAAUAAAUGUGAAUUAUUAUUUAAAAUUAUCUUUAGAUUGAAUUCAUGUAGGCUAGGAAACAAUGCUUAAGUGGGGGUAUCACAAAUAAAUUUUUUAGAUACGAUGGAAGAUAUGCUGCCUAUAAAAGAGC